AUGCAGACGAAGUGUAUUUGCUUCGCGCCAAACGCCGGUCAAAAGGAUUUCAUUACGAUUGCUGCAAGCUACGGAUGCUUCAAUAGCGUAGGUCGAAAGGGGGGCGAACAGAUCCUUUCGCUUGGAUCAGGGUGUGACCGUUUUGAAGUUGUCGUCCACGAAUUGAUUCAUGCCUUAGGCUUCGACCAUGACCAUACGCGGUCUUAUAGAGAUUCCUGUAUGUUUUUCUUGAAAAAAAAAAGCAAAACCAGAUUCCGAAGCCAGUACAAAAUAAAAAGACCCGAUGAACACAGUGACAAUAUCGAAAUGGAGAAUGGCAAUGAAGAGCGAAAGCUAAACUCCUUGAAGGACACCUUCCAGAGAAAGGGGCGUAGGGUGCCGUGUAACCAUGACGGAUAUCCAACAAAAAAUUACCACAACGGCUAUAUGGUUGAGGCUUGUGCUGUCGAUUUCCGCGAUAAAGAAAAUGCAUAUAACAGGUGCAAAUACAUAUUACACGUACCUAUCUUUCACUGCAUAGAAUCUUACGGCAAAAGAAAAUACGCAUUUCUCUUCAUCGUGUAUCUGUUGGUCAUUCUACAUAAUGCCGUAUUAGAUAAUUCUGAUACAUUCAAUUCUUACAAUGAAUCAACAAUCUCGCUUUUCGCUUUUGAUUCGAUCAUGUUAUACGGCUCAAAAGCUUUCGCUAUAAGCCGCGAUAAGACAUCUAUAAUUUGGCUCAACGCGGCACUCUUCGUGAGAUCACUCAAAAAAAGGGGCUUAGUAGUAAUGACAUCGCUCGGAUACGCAAACUCUACAAUUGCUAAUUCGCUCUAUUAGUCGUGUCCCUUCAAUACGUUGUUGGCAGAUUCGGAUAUACCUUCUCAAGUCGUGUAUCGUAAUGACGACAACCGAUAUAUUUGUUGGAUAGCAAUUCACUUCAGCGUAUCUUUUUGAAUAUCGAAUACCCUAAAGUAGGGCACUCCCGAAAAAUGAAUGGUAUGAUCAACUCAAUGCAAAAAAAUUUAUAGCAUUGCAUCUGCAUGUUUGCUUGCAAGCGGACCUUGUAUUUCAAGUCUGUAUUAUAAAACGUUAGAAUUUGUCGGGCUGAGUUAAUUGGAAGGCAUAUACGGAAAUAGGGAUUAGUUUGUCUUGCAAUGUCGACCCGAAAACAACGUCUAUCUUUUGCAGACCGCGUUUAAGAUAGUGGACUAUUCAUUCUCACAGUAAAGGCUGGUAAGUAACAGGCGUUCCAAUCUGCGAGAACUAGUUUCCUCAUUGGAAAUAUGGUAUGAAAACUAAAAAUCUAUUAUAAUAGAUACAAUUAUAAUAAUCAUUUUGUUUCACAAUAAGUACUGCAUGACGUUUACCCAGCAGUCACACUGAAGUGACCCAUAUAUAUUAAUAUUAAACAAGAACUGUACCUAUUUAUAUAGUCGGUAUGAAAGUGAUGCCCAUUUAUAAUGUCAUAAUAUAUGCACUCAUAACAGCACAUAUGUAUAUAGCAUCGUUGUCAAGCUUGGUCCCGUGAAAGAACUGUGUUACUCAGAAGUACGCAGGAAAAAUCUUUAUAAUUUCAUUGUAUUAUAUCAGAUUGCCGCAAGUUAGUGAUACCCGUUGCUGCUAAAAGCUUUUUAUUUUAGCCAUUUUCUGCUCAUGGUCAAGAAUUACGCGCUACUGGAAAUCCCCUAUGGUGUUUUAUUAGCAUUACAAAAAAUCAGAUUAAGUUUGUACUUUUAAUAUGUAUAUGCCAGGUAGCAAAAACACAACUGUAGACACUCUUUAUUCGUCUUUCAUUGAGGUAAACGGGACCACCGAAACAACCCUGGGUAGGCGUAGAGAGUACGAGGAGAGCUCUUUAGUUAAGCGUACUGCUCACAAGUGGCUUAUUAGGUUCAAAGGCGUCAAAUUGCAUUGUAAUUGUUAUUAGCUAAGACUAUAUGCUUAAUUAGGGAGUCCUCACCGAACAUAGAUCAAGCUGCCUGGGUUGCUCCGCCACCUUUUUGAUAUGGGUCAAAAAUUAUGUCCAAAUUCACUUCUUUUUUACCCAACAGUUCGGGACUCAAGCUAAAGGCAAAAAAGUAUGAAUCGAACAAUACGAAAGUAACACCUCGUAAUAAAAAGAAAGAGGUUUUUGGCCAUGCAUGAAAUUAAUUAACGAGCAAAUGGCAUGACUUGUAUCGGACAAAAUAACAAAUAAAAUAUAUAUAACUUAGUUUCACUGUGAAAGACGCACACGCAAGCUAUUUCAAUAAACCCAUACAUUUCCUGCUACAUCAUACAACUCAACGCCUACCAGGGCCCUACUACAAACUUGGACCUACAAGAUAGCAGCUAAGAGAGCACAUUUC